ACUUGUGACUUGUGCUUGCAGAGGCAAAAUCUUAUGAUGCAGAGAAAAAUAGAUGUUCUUAGCUCAAAGAAACAGAAGGUGGCUGAGCACUCAUAUGGAACCACAAAUUCGGACUCAUCUACCCCAGCCACAAUAAAUAUUAGCUUACAGAUGGAGCAAGAUGAUUAUGUGGAGAAUGAGGAUCUGCCAGCACAUUACAGAGAUAAUUGUAGUAGCGAUAAGGUUGUCUCAAAGGAAACAUAUGCUACUCCCUCAAUUUUUGAAGCAUCUCAGUACCAACUGAACAAGAUCUCAAAAAGGCCUAGUGCAUCGGUACCUGCUAGUAAGAAUCAUCGUGGUACAACAAGUUUGUCAACUGGCAAUACAAUGAAGGUUGGCACCAAAGUAUACUUGCAGAGAUGGAAAAAUCGAAACAAGACUGUCGCAAUGGGUAAACUAGUGAGUUGUGAUCCAAAACAGAAACUUGAUGGUGUUCAGCUAGGCAAAGAAUUUUGGAUGGUUUCUGUUAGUUUUGUAAUGGUAGAAGAUGAACCAUUGAUACGACCAUACAAAAACUACAAGGUUCUUAGAGAUGUAGAAGGAGGAGCCCAUGUUGCAUGGCCUUCAACUUUUAUCGAGAAGAUAGAUAUAUGAUCACAGCAGAGGAACACUUGACUGAGCUGAAGGAAGGAGAAAGGAGGACAACUAGC